CAACGGUAUAAGAACGGGGCAGUAGCUUCAAUUAUCUCAUUAGUUACAUACGUUGCGUGUCGGAAGAAGCAACGAUCUUCGCUAUGUUGCGAUACGAAUUUCUGCUUCUUCUGCUGUCACUAGCGUUCGCGCAGUUCUUCACCCCUGGCGAUGCAGCGCGAAUACCACGAACCACGCCAGACGCAACAGCUAGCAAGAAAUGUGGCUAUGAGGCAUGUCAUCCUGUGGAUCCAAAAAAACUCAAUAUUCAUAUGGUUCCACAUACUCAUGAUGAUGUCGGCUGGUUGAAGACUGUGGAUCAGUAUUACUUUGGAAGUCGCUCCGUAAUUCAAAAGGCCGGUGUGCAGUAUAUUAUUGACAGUGUCAUUAAAGCGUUGUUAGCUGACCCAAGUAGAAGAUUUAUUUACGUAGAAACUGCUUUCUUCUGGAAAUGGUGGCUACGACAAGAUGAAAAGGUACGAGCUGACGUCAAAAUGCUAAUCGACGAAGGGCGAUUGGAAAUAAUCGGAGGAGCUUGGAGUAUGAACGAUGAAGCUUGUACUCAUUAUCAUUCAUUAGUGGAUCAAUUCACAUGGGGAUUUAGGCGACUCAACGAUACAUUCGGAAGCUGUGCCAGACCACGCAUUGGAUGGCAAAUAGAUCCUUUCGGUCACUCAAGAGAACAAGCUUCUUUGUUCGCGCAGAUGGGAUUUGAUGGAAUGCUAUUUGGACGUAUCGAUUAUCAAGAUAAGAGUAAAAGGUUAAAGGACCAAACGAUGGAAUUCAUUUGGAAGAGCAGUCCAAGUUUAGGCAAACGAGCAAAUUUGUUUACGACCGCGAUGUACAACACUUACAGUCCACCACCAGGAUUUUGCUUCGACGUUUUAUGCGCCGAUGAGCCAAUGGUCGAUGAUCCCGAUAGCCCAGACUAUAACAUUGACAGAAGGGUGGAGCUGUUCUUGACGUAUGCGAAGGGUCAAGCACGGGCCUACAGAACUAAUCACAUUAUUCUCACCAUGGGGGAUGAUUUUCACUAUCAACACUCUGAAAUGGUAUUCGGUAAUUUAGACAAGUUGAUCAGAUAUACAAAUAAGCGCAAUGGUUCUGCAGUAAAUGUAAUUUACUCGACACCUUCGUGCUAUUUGAAGGCCUUGAAUGACUUGAAGCUUCAAUGGCCUGCCAAAAGCGAUGAUUUCUUCCCGUACGCGAGCGAUCCUCAUUCUUACUGGACUGGCUACUUUUCGUCGAGACCAACUGUGAAAUAUUUUGAGCGCGAAGGAAACAACUUGCUACAGGCAAGCAAACAACUCGUUGCAAUGACAAACUUAAAGAAUUACGACAAGCCCUUAGAACACUUCCGCGAAGCAAUGGGAGUAAUGCAGCAUCACGAUGCCGUUACUGGCACAGAGAAACAAUUAGUCGCAGACGAUUAUUCUCGUAUAUUGUACGAGAGUAUGGAACACGCCGAAGAAAUAAUUUCGAAAGCCAUAGGAAAAUGGUCAGGAAUGACAAAUAGUACAGCAGCGUCCUUUAAGGUCUUCACGUGUUUGGAAUUAAACAUCAGUUCAUGUGCAUUUUCCGAGAAAAAUGAUAUGUUUAUGGUUGUAGUAUACAAUCCUUUAAGCAGACCUGUUUCUACUCACAUCCGCGUUCCCAUUCAAGGAAAUUCUUAUACUGUUCGAUCACUGAUUGACGGAGUAUAUCCAGACGUGCAGAUAGUACCAGUCCCCGAAGCAGUUCAAAAAGUUCCAGGAAGAAAGAGCAACGCGAAAAAUGAGGUCGUUUUCCGUACUUCAGUCAUUCCUUCUCUUGGUACAUUGGCUUAUGCCGUUGCCAAAAAGACAGAGGAAGAUGUAGUUGAACAACCUGAACCACCCAAUUUCAUAAGCAAUGAGCUAUACAAUAUAUCUGUUAACAUCAAUGGUGACUUAGCAAUAAACUGGAAUAAACAAAACAUGAACGUCGUACAAUCCUUCCAUUAUUACAUAGGAGCAGAGGGUAAUAAUGAAGUCUUCGUUAAUAGAUCAUCCGGCGCGUAUAUCUUCAGACCUAAAGAAACAUCAGCCAGAAAUUUUGCAUAUGCCGGAUCUUAUAAAAUAUACAAAGGCCCUGUUGUGGAAGAACUUCAUCAUACAAUAAACGAAUGGGUUAGUCAAGUAGUUCGAAUUUAUCCUGAAGAAGAGCACAUCGAAUUCGAUUGGCUUGUUGGACCAAUACCUGUCAAGGAUAAGAUUGGCAAAGAGAUAGUUACAAGGUAUUCAAGCAACCUGGAAUCAGACAAAACAUUUUACACAGAUAGCAAUGGAAGAGAAAUGUUAAAGCGUGUGAGAGAUUAUCGGCCAACGUGGGACUUGAAGUUGGAGGAACCAAUAUCCGGAAAUUAUUAUCCGGUGACCAGUAAAAUUGCACUUAAAGAUAAAAAGAACCAAUUAAAGUUGAAUGUCCUUGUCGAUCGUUCCCAAGGUGGAACCAGUAUGCAGGACGGUGUUAUUGAAUUGAUGGUUCACCGAAGACUUUUAAAGGACGAUGCGUUUGGUGUAGGCGAAGCAUUGAAUGAAACCGCUUUUGGUGAAGGCUUGGUAGUUAGAGGAACGCAUUAUCUCUUUGGAGGUAAAGUGAAGGAUGUGGAUAAAUUCGUAUUGAAGGAGAAGGAACUAGCCCUUAAACUGGCUUUACACCCGUGGGUCUUAGGUGCCUCCGUUAACUUGAGCAAUAUAAAAAAUAUUUCCGGUCUUAGUUAUUCAUUACCGCCGAAUGUACAUAUUCUUACCUUGGAACCGUGGAAAGAUGACACAAUUCUGUUGAGAUUGGAGCAUCUCUUUGAAGUCGGUGAAGCGCAGGAGAUGUCUCAACCAGUAGAAGUUAAUAUUCAGAAUCUGUUCUCGACGUUUUCAAUUGAAUCAAUCAAAGAGACCACAUUAGGCGCUAAUCAGCUAUUAAGUGAAAAUAAACCUAUGAAAUGGGAACUAGAGACAAAUGAUGUUAUGCAGGAUGCAGGAGAAAGCGAAAGACAAAUCGUAGAGAUUAAAGACAAUGUAAUCAAUGUUCUCUUGAAACCAAUGGAAAUACGGACGUUUAUCCUCAAAGUUAAGCGAAGAACUCUUUAAUCUUUCAACCAAGACAUUUAAUUUUUACAAGAAUACCUGUUUUUAUAAAAAAUAUAGUUACUUCAUUUUUCUAAAUUUUGCUAUACAUGUUACUACGUAUGAUUAAAUAUAAAUGUAUAAUGCAAUGCUACAAUAUAAAAUUGCAUUAUUUUGUAUUCUUUCUAAAAAAUAAAGACUGAUUAAACUGAUUAAAGUUGCUGAAAUAUAUACUAAAAAGAAUAAAAAACCAUUUAAUGUGACAUUUAAUCAAUUUAAUUGAAGUUGUAACCCCCCAAAACGAUUCAAAUUUCACAAAAUUUCAAAAAAUCCUUUAAAAAAAUUUUAAUGUACAAAAUGAUUUAAUAUAUAAUAGUAUAAAAUAAUAUAAAAUAGAUUAAAGUUUAUUAAUGUUAUCAUUCUAUGAUAUCGUGUUUUACAUUGACAUGAUAAAAUGUAAAUGUUUGAUCAUUACAACUUACAAAAGUAUAAUUAUUAAAAUAUUUUUAGAUGUUUAAGGAGCAUAAAAAAUUGUCGUUUGUACAGCCUAAACAACUUUACAUAUUAAUACAGUAAACACUAAAAUGACAAAUGUUAAAAUAUAUGUCAAUAAGAUUGA